AUGACAUUUUUCUUGUAUAAAUUUCAUCGUAAACCAUCAUCACUAUUAAAAGAGUUACCUGGUGUAUCUAUCAUCAAACCAUUGACGUGUGUUGAUAGUAAUCUAGCAGAAAAUUUAAAAACAUUUUUUCAAUUUAAAUAUCCAAGAUACGAACUUCUAUUUUGUGUACAAGAACCGGCUCCACAUGUCAUAGAUAUAGUUAAAAAAUUACAGCAACAAUAUCCUCAUAUUGACUCGCAAUUAUUUAUUGGUUCUCAAAGUGAAAAAUCUACGAUUAGUGUCAUAGUUAAAAAUCCUAAAAUAUUCAAUAUGCUUUCCGCUUAUGAUAAAGCAAAAUAUCCUUUAUUUCUUAUAUCUGAUAGUGGUUUAAAAAUGAAUGAAAAUACGUUACAUGAUAUGGUAGAGUGUAUGACAGACAAUGUUGGUCUUGUACAUCAAAUGCCAUUUACUUGUGAUAGAAAAGGAUUUGCUGCUUCUGUAGAAAAAGUAUAUUUUGGUACUCAACACGCUCGAAUGUAUAUGACAAUCAAUUUAAUUGGUAUCAAUUGUGUAACGGGAAUGUCAUGUUUGAUUCGAAAAGAUGCUAUUGAUAGAGUAGGAGGAUUAAGAGCAUUUGGAGAUUAUAUUGCCGAAGAUUUUUAUUUAGCAUCUGAAGUAGCAAAACAAGGUUGGAAAAUUCGAGUAUCACCAGCGCCCGCUCUCCAGAAUGGCGGUGAAUAUAGUGUUGGAACAUGGAUGGAUCGAAUGAUUCGUUGGUGUAAACUACGAAUGAGACUGUCUCCCUUAGCCUAUUUGGAACCAUUUCAAGAAUGUUUAUCAUCCGCAUUACUUGCUGGAAUAGUGACCAAUUAUUUAUUUGAAUGGAAUUCUCUUGUUGUGACAGCAUGCCAUAUACUUAUUUGGUUUAUAUUAGACUACUUAAUGUUAAGAAUUACACAGGGUGGUCCAUUACCAUUUUCCAAAUUUGAAUUUGCUAUUGCUUGGAUGGUCCGUGAGAUAGCAGCAUUUUACAUCUACUUUAAAGCAUUUACCGGCCCAUCGACAAUAAUCUGGCGUGGAACCGAGUACAGAUUGGGCCCGGGUACUCGUGCCGAAGAACUCAAAACAUUAACUUCAGUACCGAAUCAGCAGUCAUCUGAUUCUUCUUUAAUAUCAUUAUCGACUUCAUCUUUGUCAACUAAUUCUACUUGUACUACCAUAGACGAUUCUAAAUUACAAUCACAACAGUUACAGAUUGUUUAA